AAAUUGGAAGCUCCUGAAUCCGAUUCAUCAGAGUCUUCAUUAUUUUCAGAUCUAGAACCAUUUUUAUUCUUUCGAUUAUUUGCCUUGUGUUUUCUUAAUACAAUGCCUAACCGACUUCCAACUUCUUCAAGUUCAGUUCUUAAUUCAGCUAUUGUCCUUUAA